AUGGGCUCACAAUGUCAUAUAAGUCGAAUGAGCUGGCAGGUCUAUGGCUUCAACGAUGAUGACAUGACGGCCGCUCUGAUGGGGGCUUUGGCUCUGGCUCAUGUGGCCACUGACGCUGCCAAUGCUUUGGAAUACAGCAUCAUCCAGUCACCGCCAUUCACCUUCCUUGUCGGGGCGAAUCACACCAAGCUGACCGUUCAGACUGGUCUCGCCCGUCAUGUCUCGAAACCAUUGGAUCACCUCAUGAACAGCGGCCUGACGCGCGAAUCCAAACAUCACAUUGCCAUGCUGGAGGAAGAGGAUGUCGAGACUUUCGUCGCCUUCUGCGAGUACGCCUACACCGGCGAUUACAGCGUGCCUCCCCCAGGAUCCCGCGAGGAGGACCAGGAGACGAAGGUGGUCAACAAUCCCUUCAGGGCCGUGUUCGACGACGACCCCAUAUCGCCAUCGCUUUCACCAUUCAUCCCGCCUCCGGGUCCGAAGCCCACGGGGGGUUUUCCGGGCCAGGAGCCGGUCAAGCAGGACGACGAUGGAUUGCUGCAGGGUGAAAAUGCUCCUCACGCAGUGUAUCCCGGUGAUGACCCGAGGGAAUGCACUACCCCGACUGGGGACAACUCUAUGGCCCCUCUCAGGUCGGAUUCAGCAGCUAGUGGCUAUGAAGAGGCGGACCAGCCACCUCCUGGCACUACUCCGGCUGCAGAAGAUGACUUCAGUACGGGCGCCGCCACGACCGAAGGAAAGAAUCCAAAAAGGAACAAAAAAGACAAGAAGAAGCAGAACCCCACCUCGACGGAGGAACCGGCGUCCAAUCUGACACCACCGUCUACCCCUCCUCCUGCUGACCACACCCAUGGAGGAGGGAAUCCCACGAUUGCCGACGACGCUGCAGAGCCGGAUGCAUGGAAGAGUCAAGAACAACCCGCGGAUCCUGUUGAUGCAGCAGAACCGACUGCCACUGGCUCAUCCCUCAUGGAAAAGGGUUGGCAGCCUGUACCCACUCCAUCGGAAGCCAGGACGGCAGACAAUGUGAAGACAGACGAGAGCCAGGAGAUCGGCAGGGGCUAUGAAGCCUAUGAACAGGGGGCUGGGAUACGGUCUACGAUUGACACUUCAUUUGCCAAGCAGUACGAUUUCUCUAGCCAUCACGAGAAAGGCAUCAAUCUUUGGGAUGAAUUUACUGCCAUCGAUUAUGCUGACUCUCGCAUCACAAAUGGGACUAGGCCUCCCAGUUCCAUGUCGAGGGAGACGAGCAAUUCAGACCUGCCGUAUCUUAUCUUCCAUGCCAAGCUCUACGUCUUCGCAACACGCUAUUUGAUUCCAGCCCUGGCCCAAUUAUGCCUGCGCAAGCUUCAUAGGGACCUCCUGCAUCUGGAUUUCCCCGAUAAUGCCCAACCAGAGAACCUAUGCCAGGAAAACUCUUCCCUGAAGGCACGAAUGAUUCUUGACCUCCUCCACUACACCUACACCAGAACCACUCGUCUCGAGCCCAUCUCGCCCACCUCUGCCACUCAGCUUCGAGAGAAUGAGCUGCGAAAGUUGGUGAUCCAUUAUGCCGCAUGCAAAGUGCGGGACCUUGCGAAACAUUGCCCGCCAAUAGAACCUACGGUGGGCUCUCCUUCAGGUUGGCGAGAGAAGCCUUCAGCGCGAGGGAUGCGAGCGCUUUUGGACUCAACGACCGAACUGGCCUCUGAUCUGGUCUAUCGAAUGAUGUGA